AUGGGAGCAGGGGCCCCCGCAGAGACCGCCAGGGCUGACUCCACACGGCGGUACGUGGCCGCAACCCUCAGACAACCGGCUAUGCCCUCUUUUGAGGAUAAAGUGAACGCGGUUCGGAAGAUUCUUCGCGGACUGGAGGGGGGCACCUCCGGGAUUCGCGACGAGGUCCGUUGGGACGCGAGUGAUGACGAGGAGGACCGUAAAUUAUUGGCAACUCUGUUAGUUUCCUACGAUGGGAGUAAUCAGGUUUGCAUCUUAGAAGACAAGGAAACGGAAGAUGGUGAAACCCAACCACCCGAACAAAAACAACGAACCGAGGAGCGAGAUCAUUUGAGACGCCUUAGCCCUCAGCAAGGCGAACCCAACGAAGGAAUGUCCUUUGUAGGUAACUUUGACAUGAAUGCGGUAGUGAGAUGGAGAAAAUACCGAAAGGGCUUUGCUAAGAUCUUGCAUGACAUGAAGAAUUUCCUAAAAUUGUCCUGCUCCAAGGCGAUACCUUGGAUUUUAUUUUCCCACGCCAAACGGGUUGAGGUGAGUGAUGAUGAAUUUGCAUGUGAUUAUAUGGUCGCGUCCUCAAAUCAUUUGAGGAAAAGUUACGACGAAAUACUACACAUGCAUGAUGCGCUUGCUACGUGCCAACGACGUGUGCACGAUGCAAUGAUGGGCCUUGAAGACGCAUUAGAAGUAUAUAUUAAAGAGGCGACGUUUGUUAAUCAGCAAGAAGAUCAAUUGUUACAUAAUUUUGAAUCAUUUGAGAUGGAAUACAACGCCUUGAAAGAGUUGAGAUAUCGACUCAAUGGAAUAUGCGGUCUUGUGCCCAGGUAG